AUGGCUUCUCCAAUUUUCUAUCAUAUCAUUGAUGAUUUAUUUGGACGAAUGGGUUCCAACAACUCCCAUUACUAUACAGGAAAGCCUCAUGUGGUGAAUGGUCCUCCCCAUUCUUUCCCUCUUUUUAUGGGAAGUGAUGAAAGUGCUCCAUCCCGAAGAAUUAAUUGGCAUUGGGAAGAUACCUCCAUUAUACUCAUUUCAGCUCUUGUUUUAUUCAUCAUCAGACGUUUAGUCAUUGAGAGAAUUGUUGCACUCGUUAAAUUUAUUGCAGGAAGAAGAAGAACGAAACACAAUCAAGAUCCUAAAGCAUUGAGAAGAGUUGAAGAAAAUGCUUGGUUUGCUCUCUAUUAUAUUUGUUCAUCCAUUGCUGGAGUUUUAAUUUUAAAAGAUACACCUUGGUUUUGGGAUUUUGCUCACUUGGUGUAUGGAUAUCCUGAAGAGCAUACAGGAUAUGAAUAUUCAAAUGUGAGAUUGUAUUUACUCAUUGGAGGUGGAUUUUAUGCUCAAGCACUUGUUACUUUAUUAUUUAUUGAUGAAAAGUUGAAAGAUUUUCUUGAAAUGUUGAUCCAUCAUUUUGUGACCAUUGCGUUGAUUGUUUUUUGCAUUACUUCUCACUAUCAUCGUAUUGGAACAUUGGUUUUAAUUUUACAUGACAUUGUUGAUAUAUUCCUUUACUCUGCCAAAGCCUUCAAACACAUGGGUGUUGGAUUUAUUACGGAAGUGUUGUUUGUUUUGUUUGUAAUUAGUUACUUUUUAUUAAGGUUAAUGUAUUUGCCAUAUCUCAUUUAUAGGGCAUUUGAGAAUUUCCAAGGAUGGGAUUAUCCUUCUCGUUACUAUAUGGUGAGAUUUGUUCAAGAUGCCAUCUAUCCAUUGGAAGUGAGUGAUUAUGGUGUUUGUGCAUUCAAAUAUUGUUUGAGCACGUAUUGGUUAUUGGUUGCUUUGUUGGUGGUUUUAGUGUUUCUUCAUAUUUUCUGGUUCUCAUUGAUUUCAAAGAUUAUUUUCAGAAAGUUGGCUGGAAAGGACUUGAGCGAUAUUCGAGAAGAUGAUGAGAAAGAGAGUGAUCAUGAAGAGAGUGAUGAUGCAGCAGCGAUAAAAUCUAUCCACACUUCCAAGAAGAAGAAACAAGACUAG